GACCCUCUCUCCCUCCUCCCUUUUACUCUCUGGUUGCCUCAGCCAACUGGAACCAUGCCGAAGGUCGGCAUCCACCGGAACUACCGGAAGACCUUCAAGACCCCCAGGCGGCCGUACGAGAAGGAACGCCUCGACUCGGAGCUCAAGCUCUGCGGCGAGUACGGCCUCCGAUGCAAGCGCGAGAUCUGGCGUGUCCAGUUCGCGUUGGCCAAGAUCCGUAAGGCCGCGCGCCAGCUGCUGACGCUCGACACCAAGGACCCCAAGCGCCUGUUCGAGGGCCCCGCCCUGCUGCGCCGCAUGUCCCGGUUCGGUCUCCUCGGCGAGGACGAGAAGGAACUCGACUUCGUGCUUCAGCUCACCACCGAGAAGAUGCUUGAGAGGAGGCUUCAGACCAAGGUAUUCAAGCAGGGUCUGGCCAAGUCUAUCCACCACGCCCGUGUGCUGAUCAAGCACCGCCACAUCCGCGUGGGCAAGCAGCUCGUGAACGUGCCCCAGUUCAUGGUCCGUAUGGACUCCGAGAAGCACAUCGACUUCUCCAUCACCUCGCCGUACGGCCAGGGACGGCCCGGACGUGUCGCCCGCAAGCGCGCGGCCAGCAAGGCCGCCGCGGGCGGCGACGACGGCGAGGAGUCGGACUAAAUAGGCACGUGGCUUUUUCGGUCGCAUGCCUACGAGUGAGACACACCACGGCAGUGUUUGGAGCCAUGCACAACGAGAGGCGCGAAUUGGCUGCAGCUGACCUACCACCUCGUCUUGUUCCGGCCGGGACGAAAUGUCGGGGGCAGUGCUAGGCGCCGAAGCGGUCUUGUUGAGGCAUUUAGCUUUCCGGUGGAGUAGCAGGACGGUGACGUGGGCUAUUUUUAGCCUGUAGCUGCCGCAUUGCGUCGGCGUUUGUUCGAUCAGAGGCUGUCGUGGUGGUUGUCGUAGCUUGUUGUGCAGCGAUCGGGGGCCACCAUCGGUGUGACUUUGUCCCCCCCGGCUAGUUUGUGUCUUUUCGGGUGUGGAUGGAGUCGCGUCAACAAAAGGGAAUACAGAGGGCCCUGCGCUAAAUGCAUUUUGAGCGGGAAAAAAUACCUGUGGUUUUGGCGUUGUCCGCCUCUCGGGAUAACGGCGCCCUUUGAGGGUCAUUCAUCCGCACAUCGCCUCGGUGGAUGCAAGCAGUGGCAAUGUGCCCAUUGCUUCUUCCGGAUUCUGUUGGUGGGUGCGUUUCACUUCGAAGCUGUCAACCCGGAUGGCGUAACUUCGAUGAUGAGCAAACAAACGUGGCUUGAGACGGUCCACUCGCCACGGACACAGUAAGAAAACACGCAUUCCUU